UAUCCACAAACACUUGUUCUUCUUCCUUCACAGUUUUGCAAUUGUAAUGGCUUCUACUUCUAAUGCCAUCUUCCAAUGCACCUCUUCUUCUUCUUCUUCGUUUGAGUAUGACGUGUUUGUGAGCUUCCGCGGUGAAGACACACGCAACAGCUUCACCGCUUUUCUUUUUGAAGCUCUGAAAAAACAAGGCAUCGAGGCCUUCAAAGAUGAUAAAGAUAUCAGGAAAGGCGAAUCCAUAGCACCAGAGCUAAUACGAGCCAUUGAAGGGUCUCAUGUUUUCCUUGUUGUCUUUUCCAAGGACUAUGCUUCCUCAACUUGGUGCCUGCGUGAACUAGCACAUAUCUGGAAUUGCAUUCAAACAUCUCCCAGACUUCUUCUGCCUAUUUUUUAUGAUGUUGAUCCAUCACAAGUGCGAAAACAGAGUGGAGACUAUGAGAAAGCCUUUGCCCAACACCAACAAAGUUCCAGGUUCCAAGACAAGGAAAUUAAAACAUGGAGAGAAGUUCUGAACCAUGUAGCCAGUCUCUCUGGUUGGGAUAUCAGAAAUAAGCAACAACAUGCAGUGAUUGAAGAAAUUGUUCAGCAGAUAAAAAAUAUCUUGGGUUGCAAAUUUUCUAUUCUUCCAUAUGAUAAUCUAGUUGGGAUGGAAUCUCAUUUUGCUAAAUUGUCAAAGCUAAUAUGUCUGGGGCCGGUUAAUGAUGUUCGAGUUGUUGGAAUUACUGGCAUGGGUGGAAUAGGAAAGUCCACUCUUGGUCGAGCUUUAUAUGAAAGAAUCUCUUAUCGAUUUAAUUCUUCUUGUUAUAUUGAUGACAUAAGCAAACUUUAUGGACUUGAAGGUCCAUUAGGUGUACAAAAGCAAUUACUUUCUCAAUCUCUAAAGGAAAGAAAUCUAGAGAUUUGCAAUGUAUCUGAUGGAACAAUUUUGGCAUGGAAUAGGCUAGCCAAUGCAAAUGCACUUAUAGUUCUUGACAAUGUUGAUCAAGAUAAACAACUUGAUAUGUUUACAGGGAGUAGAAAUGAUCUGUUACGUAAACGCCUAGGUAAAGGGAGCAUAAUUAUUAUAAUUUCUAGGGAUCAACAAAUAUUGAAGGCACAUGGAGUAGAUGUUAUUUACCAAGUGAAGCCAUUGAAUGACAAUGAUGCUCUUCGAUUGUUUUGCAAAAAAGUAUUCAAAAAUAAUUAUAUCAUGAGUGAUUUUGAAAAGUUGACUUAUGAUGUACUAUCACAUUGUAAAGGUCAUCCUUUAGCAAUUGAAGUAGUAGGCUCAUCUUUAUUUGAUAAAGAUGUUUUACAUUGGAGAAGUGCAUUAACUUGGUUAAGGGAAAAUAAAAGUAAAAGUAUUAUGAAUGUGUUGCGAAUAAGUUUUGAUCAAUUAGAGGAUACACACAAGGAAAUAUUUCUAGAUAUUGCAUGUUUCUUCAACAAUGAUAUGGUGGAAUAUGUGAAGGAAGUUCUAGAUUUUCGUGGAUUUAAUCCCGAAUCUGGCCUACUAGUUCUCGUUGAUAAAUCACUCAUAACCAUGGAUUCAAGGGUGAUUCGAAUGCAUGACUUGUUGUGCGAUUUGGGCAAGUAUAUUGUUAGAGAAAAAUCGCCUAGGAAGCCAUGGAAGUGGAGCAGGUUGUGGGAUGUUAAAGAUUUCCUUAAAGUUAAGUCAGAUAAUAAGGCAGCAGAAAAUGUUGAGGCCAUAGUUCUUUCAAAAAAAUCUGUCAUUCUUCAAACAAUGAGGAUCGAUGCUCUAUCAACAAUGAGUAGCCUUAAGCUUCUCAAAUUUGGAUAUAAGAACGUUGGCUUCCAAAUUAAUUUUUCAGGAACACUUGCUAAGCUUUCCAAUGAAUUAGGAUAUCUUAGUUGGAUAAAGUAUCCUUUUGAGUGUUUGCCACCAAGUUUUGAACCGGACAAACUUGUUGAGUUGAGACUACCUUACAGCAACAUCAAACAACUUUGGGAAGGUACAAAGCCUCUACCCAAUUUGAGGCGUUUGGAUCUCUUUGGCUCCAAAAAUCUAAUUAAAAUGCCAUAUAUUGAAGAUGCCCUAUAUCUUGAGAGUCUUAAUCUCGAAGGAUGUAUACAACUCGAAGAGAUCGGCCUGUCCAUUGUUCUUUCACCAAAGCUUACUUCUCUGAAUUUAAGAAAUUGCAAAAGUCUUAUCAAGUUGCCACGGUUUGGAGAGGACCUAAUUCUUGGAAAGCUAGUUCUCGAAGGAUGUCGAAAACUCAGACACAUUGAUCCAUCCAUCGGUCUUCUAAAAAAGCUCAGAGAAUUGAAUUUGAAAAACUGCAAAAAUCUAGUAAGCUUACCCAAUAGCAUACUAGGCCUCAAUUCUCUUCAAUAUCUGAAUCUCUCUGGCUGUUCAAAAGUGUACAACACCGAGUUAUUGUAUGAACUAAGGGAUGCAGAGCAAUUGAAGAAGAUUGAUAAAGAUGGAGCUCCUAUUCAUUUCCAAUCAACAUCUUCCGACUCCAGACAACAUAAAAAAUCAGUUAGUUGCUUAAUGCCUUCCUCCCCAAUAUUUCAAUGUAUGCGUGAACUUGAUCUAAGUUUCUGUAAUUUAGUUGAAAUCCCUGAUGCUAUUGGAAUUAUGAGUUGCUUAGAAAGGCUAGAUUUAAGUGGUAACAAUUUUGCUACACUGCCCAACCUCAAGAAGCUUUCCAAACUGGUCUGUUUAAAGUUACAACAUUGCAAGCAGUUGAAAUCUUUGCCUGAGCUCCCUUCACGGAUUGAAAUCCCAACUCCUGCAGGCUAUUUUGGAAACAAAGCAGGAUUAUACAUUUUUAACUGCCCAAAAUUAGUUGAUAGGGAACGCUGCACUAACAUGGCUUUUUCAUGGAUGAUGCAAUUGUGUUCUCAGGUGAGAUUGUUCUCUUUAUGGUAUUACCAUUUUGGAGGUGUUACUCCAGGAAGUGAAAUACCAAGGUGGUUCAAUAAUGAGCAUGAGGGAAAUUGUGUAAGCUUAGACGCAUCUCCUGUUAUGCAUGACCGUAAUUGGAUUGGCGUUGCGUUUUGUGCAAUAUUCGUCGUACCUCAUGAAACACUCUUAGCAAUGGGUUUUUCAAAUUCAAAAGGGCCAAGGCAUUUGUUUGGUGAUAUUCGAGUGGAUUUUUAUGGAGAUGUAGAUCUAGAACUUGUUUUAGACAAAUCAGAUCACAUGUGCCUAUUCUUUCUUAAACGACAUGACAUCAUUGCAGAUUUCCAUCUCAAGCACAGAUAUCUUGGCAGAUGGGUUUCGAGAUAUGAUGGAGUGUUGAAAGAGUCAUAUGCGGAGGUGAAGAAAUACGGAUAUCGCUGGGUAUAUAAAGGGGAUAUAGAACAAAGGAAGCGCAAAUUUGGGGAAAUUGAAGAAAAGUGAGCAGAAGGGAGAAAAGAUGAUGCAAGCUGCUCCCAGGAAAAGACAAAAAAGUUGAAUGUUAGGGUGUAGAAUCAUCAUUUCUUCUCUCAUUUUAUCCAUUUGAGUCGUCCUUCACUCAUCCCAACAAUUCACAAGUGUCAUAAAGGGAACUCAUGCAAAUUUUUAAUAAGCUUGGUGGCGUAAAAUCAGGUUUUUGGUUGUUAUGGGAUGCUUGUGUAGCUGUCUUUGUUGGUUAAGAAUAUUGCUUUUUUUCCUUUUUUGGUUUGAGUAAUGUUUAACAGAGACUGAUGCAAUUUCUCGUUUUCAGUCC